UGUGCCCGGAGGACUCCGUUGAAGGCUUGCGCCGCGGCUUGUGAUGAUGUCACGGAGGAUGUGCCAGUCGUUGGUGUCUGUGGGGUUCGUUCCGCGCACCAUGCCGGACACUGACGGGCUUCUGCACCUAAACGAGACUUAAUUUGUCCGACGAGCCCCCCUCUCCGCGCCUGAACAAUGGGACAGCAGCUCUCCAGCCAGACCCAGAGUGUUAUAAACAAGCUGCCGGAGAAGGUGGCGAAGCACGCGGCUCUGGUGCGCGACAGCGGCUUCCUGACGUACGAGGAAUUCCUGGGGAGAGUCGCCGAGCUCAACGAUGUGACGGCCAAGCUGGCGUCGGGACAGGACAAACAUCUCCUGUUUGAAGUGCAGCCCGGAUCCGACGCCUCGGCGCUGUGGAAAGUCGCCGUACGUGUUUUGUGUACAAAGAUUAAUAAAACGAGGGGCGUUGUGGAAGUGUCCAGAAUCAUGAAUCUGUACCAGUUUGUCCAGCUCUAUAAAGACAUCACGAGCCACGCGGCCGGGGUAUUUGCCCAGGAGGGCAGCGGCUCCGGGGAGAACGCGGAGAGCGUGGAGAGCGCGUCGUCGGUGUCCUCCUGCCAGGCCAGCAUCCUGAUGGGGAAGGUGAAGCAGCUGACGGACGAGGAGGAAUGCUGCAUCUGCAUGGACGGGCGAGCCGAUCUCAUACUUCCCUGCGCCCACAGCUUCUGCCAGAAGUGUAUCGACAAAUGGAGCGACCGGCACCGUAGCUGCCCUAUCUGCCGCCUGCAAGUCACGGGAAUGAACGAUUCGUGGGUCGUUUCGGAGGCCCCGACGGACGCGGACGUGGCCAGCUACAUCCUGAACCUGGCUGACGAGGCAGGGCAGCCGCUCGACACGUUCUGACCGCCGGGGUUUCCACGGACUCCCCCCGAAGUAACCCCCCCCCAGUAACACGGAGCGUGUUCUAAUAAUCGCUCCUUUCUUUCCUCUCUGUAUUUAUUUCUAAAACGUCGUUUGACUCUUAGUGUAAAAACGAGUAGUUACGAUAGCUUUAGCCGAUAGUUCUAGACACUGGUAACGCGUCGUUAAUAAUGAUUUACAUUAUUUUUCUGCAGAUCCUUGAGAAAUGGUGCAUUAUUUAAUCCUCCGGAGGCUCUGUAGCCGGAAGCCUUCCCCGCGCGUUUGGGUUAAUAGUUAUUUUUUUUGCUUCUGUUUUGAUUUGGUUCUUUUGCACUUUUUGGGUUCUCCUUGAACCUUUCUCGUCAGUAAACGGUUGUCUAAGUGCAGUAUCGUUAGGACGUUCGGCGGGGGAAGCUCUAAUCCGCUUUGCUUGUCCGCUUGGUUAGCCGUAUUGCACCCUUUGACUUCCUUACUAGCCGGAGAGCUAGAGGGGGACGUACAGCGCAUGUCCUGAGCCAGCAUGUGCACCACGUG